AUGAAAGAGAAAAACUUCACCGUAAUAAUCAAUGAGUUUGUAUUUGUAGGGUUAACAAACAAUUUCAUACUACAGAUUGUCCUCUUUCUAGUCUUCCUUGCUAUUUAUAUUGCUACUUUGGUGGGAAAUCUAGGACUGUUUGUGUUAAUAAGAGCCUGUCCCAAGCUCCACACUCCAAUGUACUUCUUUCUCAGCAACCUCUCUCUCCUCGAUGCAUGCUUCUCCUCUGUGGUUGCCCCUAAGACUUUUGUGAAUCUCUUAGCAGAUAAAAAGACCAUUUCCCUCACUGGAUGUGCAUUGCAAAUGUACUUUGUGAUAGGUCUGGGCAGCACAGAGUGCUUUCUCCUGGCUGCAAUGGCAUAUGAUCGCUAUGUGGCUAUCUGUAAACCACUGCUGUAUCCAGUCCUCAUGUCUCCUAAAAUCUGUACACUUCUGGUGGUGGGGUCCUAUGCUCUUGGGCUUCUGCACUCUCUUCUCCAUACAGUCUUCACCUUCAGGCUGUCAUUCUGUCAAUCGAACGAAAUCAAUCAUGUAUAUUGUGACAUCACUGCACUUUUAUCACUUUCCUGUUCGGAUACUUACAUCAAUGAACGCCUGAUUUUUUUUGAGGCUGGGCUUGUAGAAGGAACCACCAUCCUGAGUGUCAUCGUCUCUUAUAUGUACAUUCUCAUCAACAUUGUGAGGAUCAGCUCAAGGGCAGGUAGACUCAAGGCGUUCUCCACUUGCACCUCACACCUCACUGCAGUUACCAUCUUCCACGGGGCAAUUCUUAUCUUGCAUUUCCGACCAAACUCUGGCAGUGGAUCGUUUCUUCAAGAUGUCAUGGACAAAACCCUUGCUGUGUUCUACACAAUUGUCAUCCCCUUACUGAAUCCCUUGAUAUACAGCCUGAGAAACAAGGAGGUUAAGGAUGCCUUAGGAGGCAUUCAGAGGAAGGUAUGUAACAAAAUGAGUAGCUAG